UGACAGGACUAGUGUCACUGGACUUGAGUUCAACGAGGGGACUUCUUAAGUUACCAUUUGCAGAACCGGAUAACUAUUCCAGAGACCUAUCUUCUCACCAUCAAACUGACAAUUGUUUAACAACACCAAGAAGAGAGAUAUAUUUGGGAGAUGUUCUUCAUGAAAGGUCACUGCAACAUCAACAGAACAUCACACCCUUUGGUGUUCCACCUAAACUGAAAACCCUGAAGUAUACAGAUUGUAAAUUAGCAUAUGAUUUGUCGAAAUUAUAUUUUGCUGAAAAUAGCCUGAGGCAUGUUGAUCUGUCUUAUAACAUUUUUGCUCAGUGGUUUGGUCCUGUAUAUGGUUUAGAAAAUGUUACCCAUCUUGACCUCUCAGGAAAUCUUGCAAUGCAUAUCAAAAAAGAUUUUUUUGCAAACUUUCCGUCACUUACACACCUAAAUAUAUCCCACAAUGCACUCGAAAUGUCUGAUAAUUGGCAGUAUUUACGGAAUCAAAGCAAAGUAGAAGUUUUAGAUUUGUCCCACAACAAUGUAUUGUUCUUGAAUCGCGAUUUCCUCUCAGGACUGAUAUCAUUGAGGACAUUGAAUCUUUCUGGUAACCAUUUGGACAGCCUGUUUGUAGGUCUUGAAAAUAACUUAAAUCUUACAAGUAUAAAUUGUUCACACAACAACAUCAAAUAUAUCUCACGACGAACGAGAUCCCAGAUGGACAGGAUAGCCGAGUUACACAAGUUUACAAUAGACCUUUCGGGAAAUGACCUCCGAUGCACAUGUCAAAAUAUAGAAUUUCUUGAAUGGUUACUAAACUCCAAAAUUCAGGCAGCAAACAAAGAACUGUAUCAUUGCGUAGACAUUAAUGGGAAAGUGAUACACUUUAAAGGUCAUGACGUACUAAAGAAUCUGAAAGCGUCUUGCGCUAACUUCAUAGCCCUGUCUAUGGGACUAAUUGUAACAAUCGUCCUGAUCUUUUCUCUGAUAGUGGGAACUAUUUGUUAUCGAUAUCGAUGGAAAAUAAUUUACAUUUAUUAUGUGUUCAAACUGAGACUAAGAAACAACAUUGAGUAUGAACGUAUUUACGAUUAUGACGUUUACGUCUCUUACACUGACCUUGACCUUGAGUUUGUCCGCAAGGACAUGAUUCCAAAGCUAGAACACCAGCGGGGUACGAGACUUUACAUCCGGGAUCGAGAUUCCCUCCCAGGAGCUACUAUUGCUGAGAACAUCAUCGACGGGAUAAGGAGCAGCAAGAAAACUGUGUUGUUGUUGUCCCAGGCGUUCCUGAAGAAGAAGUGGUGCAGGUAUGAGUUACAUAUGGCCAACAUGGAGAGCGUGUCUACUGGCCGAUCUGUGAUGGUCAUCAUUAUGCUUGAGGAUAUUCCUAAUAAGGACAUUCCACCCGAGAUCCUCUAUGAUGUGCAGAACAGCCGUUUCAUAGACUGCCCAAACGAUAGCAGCGAUCAGGAACUGUUCUGGGCAAAUGUGUCCGCGGCGAUUGAUAGUUAGAUUGUUUUGUAGGUUAUCUUUUAUAUAUACCUAGAGAUUAUGAUACGAGCAUGUGUGUCACACUGAUGUUACGAAUCGGAUGUCAGAAUGUGUGUAUUUCACGAGCGAGAGGGAGGGUGAGACAUGAAUUCUAACACGAGUUUCGUAAAAUCAAUGUGAGACACAUGCGAGUGUAAAAAUGUCUUUAUUACUCAAUAUUUUCAGCUCUGCUCUGAUCACGACCGUCGUGUUAGUAAAGCAUAUUUGUCGACUGAGUCGACAAUCUUCAGCUAUGACGUCAGUCAGACCUUUCGUCACAAUGACGUCAACAAUGCCGUCCGGAUGACGGAAACAAUACACUGGCUGGAGUGAAGUGAUUUUUUUAAUGAAUUUAAAAAAAAUAUUCUUACACUAUGGGUAAUAAACAAUGUUACGGGACAAACGCGAAUUUGCACAUAAACUCUCAUUAGUUUGUAAUAAUACUUCCGGAGGAAUAUCUUAAUUUUAGUCAGUCUUAAAAUACAUCUACAGUCUAACGGUAUUGUUCUACUUUAAUGCCUGUUCCAGGUAUGCAUGAACAUACAUAUGAUUUAUUUUGUUCCACCAUUCAGUCACAGAAAUCUGGUUCGAACUUGAAAGACAAAAAUUGAAAAUGAUAUCUCUCGUAAGGGUGGAGGGUGUCUCGUUAGCUUAUGAGGAAACUCGGAGACAUUCAGACUACGGUGACCACUCAGUCAACCAGCAGAAACAUUGGCCCAGUAAAUAGGUGGGAAUUCCAACACAAACUGUACUGUUAAAUGUUAAUAUCACAUUCGUGAUUGAUCUUAUUUUCAAUAUUAUUUAUCAUAAUUUAUGAUUAAGAUGAUCUUUGCAUGUUGCACUAAUGCUCAAUAAGCCAUACUUUCGUAAGUAGCGGUAAUUCUCAACAAAGCUCGAUGAAACAAGACAUCAAAUAUACAAUCAUUAUUACAUGCCAGGGGAAAGCGUCGGGGGCGGUCGGGUAGCCUAGUGGUUAAAGCGUUCGCUCGUCAAACCGAAGACCCGGGCUCGAUUCCCGGCAUUGGUACAAUGUGUGGAGCCUAUUUCUGGUGUGCCCCGUGAUAUUGCUGGAAUAUUGCUAAAACGGCGUAAAACCAUACUCACUCACUCACUCACGUGAAGCGUCGGACUCUGUCAAUCGGAUUAUGUCUCUUCCCACUUGAAAUCCAAUGGUACUUGACACACACCCAUGUCGAAUCGGGGUAUGGAAUUUUCCUUCUUCCUCCUUGACAAUAGUUGCGACGCGCAGUCUAAGAGCUAAAGCAAUGUUAAGCUUAAAAUGCAGUAUGCGUAACAAGCAUGCUGUUGUAAUAAUAUUAUAGAUAACGCUUCUCAGUUGCUCCGGGCACUACGGAAAGUGCCGAGUAGGUUAUAUACGAAAAGUGCCGAGUAGGUUUUGUACGGGAAGUACCGAGCGGCUUUAUGUCACUGACAAACUCGGGUUAUUAUCAGCCUGCUAUUAGCCAAGUCUCAGUUGCAGCAGUGUAGCGGGUUGCCGUUUGAUUUAGCGACCUUAAGACCACAAUGUCUUAUUGAAGGUCAAUCUGGAACAAACGAAACAAAUGCUAACACACUCGUGGAACACUCGUUUGGGCAAGACCAGCCGGAGUGCCUAAAUUAAAUACACACAUAUACAGAAUGAGAUUACAUGAACGUAAAUGUAACAAGAGGCUUGCUCUACGUAUUUCACAGGUACACACAGUAAUAAUAAGUAAUAGUGAUUCACCAGCAGUACAAUUUAGUGCCUUGUAAGAAGAGUUUGUUAUGUGUUUGUCAACCAUAUAGCGCCUUACUGGGAGCUUGAGUUGUGGACUCCCUAGGGAGUUGAGAAAGACUAUGAAGACCAAAUGAUCCGUUAACUAGAGUAAAACUACGCCCAGCGCUUUGUGCGUGCCCCUUCUUGGUGUGGAGCCUUGCCCUACACAAUCUGUGUGUCCCACUGAUUUGCCACACUUUAAGCGACCAGAUUGUUACCCUUCCGCAUUCGACAUGUGUUAAGUGUGAGCGAAGAGUUAAUGAUGCGUCAUGCCCCAGUUAGUGACUUUUCCGUCUUCCCGAGGAAAGGGUUUUACCUCCUCGUCGACAUCUUAUGUAUCGAUUCAUAUCGAGUAUCGAUGUAGUUCCGAAUCUCCUCUCUUAUCGAGGUGGACACGGAUGGCUGUCGUCAAAGGCGCCACAAUUCGCCUUGUAGAAUUGCCUUCCUUGGGCAUGCCAGAAACCUAUGUUUAUGGGUUCGAAUCCCGGUUUGCCUCGACUGUGUUUCUAGGUUUGUCUGCACCAUACCCGUGGUUUCACCAAGGUUGUAAACAUCAGAGACCCGCAUCACUUCGUGAAAUACGCCGUCAUAUAAUUGGGAUGCUGUUUAAAGCGGCGUUAAACCUAACUGACUUUCUCACUCUCUUGUCGAAUCUUUCUGUAAAAAUGUGUGCUUUUAUCUGCGUUGUACUGGAGACAACAUAGAUAACCUACUUCAUUGAAACCCGUUAAUCUGUCACUGUUUGCAUUGAAUUCGUCCGGAUUAAAAUUAAGCGGAGUUUAACGCAUAUAUAUAGAGUUUAUUUCCUCCAAGUUUCAGGCCAUAGGCCCAUAGAACAUACAUGAUCUCAAUAAAGUGUAUGCAUAAAUACAUGAAAAGAAUAUAAUACAUAAAUAAUUAAUCAGUGAAUUGUGAGUGACUCGCGUAAUCUAAAAGCGUGGUAGAUAUAUUUAGCAAGUUGUGUAAUAGUGUAUUUACAUUUAGAAGACGUAAGAUUUACAAUUUUUUCAUAGGAUGGAUUAGUGUGAAAAUAUGUAUCAAUAAAAUGUAAACGUAAUGUUGAAUAUGAAGUACAAAUAAGAAGGAAAUGAUAUUCAUUUUCAAUGUAGUUGAAGUCGAGUUUAACGCAUAAGUGUUACAGAAUAGAAUAUACCCUUCGUAUACACGUGGGUGUGUCUAUCAGAAUGUCCGGAAAGCAGGGUGUCCGGCCUGAGGAGGUUUAACUGUAUUGCACUCCUUCCAAUUACUUGGAGCAGAAAUAAGAACAUUGUUGUUGUUUUUCAUUUAAAUAAAGUGCUGAAGCAAG